AUGGGUCCUGUGAGAGGAAUCAAGAAGAGAAGAAAGACAGAAAAUAAUAGUAAUAAUAAUAAUGUUCGUGCUUCUUCUGACUCAUCUGAUAAAGAGGGUGUUGUUGUAGAUUGGUGGAAUGAUUUGUCAAUCAAGAUGAAUGGUCAUCAGAAGUCACCACCAAAGAUCUCCAGAAAGACGUUUGAGUAUAUAUGUUCACUUGUCAAGGAUGAUGUAUUGACAAAAUCCGCGCAUUUCACGUUUAGCAACGGAAAGCCAAUGUCUUUGUUUGAUCAAGUGGCCGUUUCAUUAAGAAGAUUAGGAACUGGUGACUCGCUUGUCACAAUUGCCGAUUCAUUUGGGCUAAGCCACUCAACUGUUUCGCAAGUCACAUGGCGAUUUGUGGUUUCCAUGGAAGAAAGAGCACUUCAUCAUCUACAAUGGCCUUCAACACAAGAGGAAAUGAAUACAAUCAAGUCAAAAUUUGAGAAAAUACAAGGCUUCCCCAAUUGCUGUGGCGCCAUUGAUGUUACUCACAUCACAAUGUGUUUACCUGCAUCCGAACACUCGAGUAAUGUGUGGCUGGAUCAUAAGAAAAAUCACAGCAUGGUUUUGCAAGCAAUAGUUGAUCCUGACAUGAAAUUCCGCGACAUAGUCACCGGUUGGCCUGGUAAAAUGAAGGACUGGUUGAUAUUCGAGAGUUCAAAUUUCAACAAACUUUGCAAUAAAGAAGAAAGACUCAAUGGAAAGAAAUUAAAACUUUCUGAAGGAUCAGAAAUAAGAGAAUAUAUCAUUGGUGAUUCAGGUUAUCCUCUGUUGCCUUACCUAGUUGUUCCUCAUCAAGAAAAAGAACUCUUGGAAUCAGAACAGAAAGCAAAGUUUAAUAGGCUGCAUUUGGAAACAAGACUGGUGGCACAAAGAGCAUUGGCAAGGCUGAAGGAAAUGUGGAGAAUCAUUCAUGGAAAUAUGUGGCGGCCGGACAAGCAUCGGUUGCCGAGGAUUAUUCUGGUCUGUUGCUUACUUCACAACAUUGUUAUUGAUAUGCAAGAUGAAGUGAAGGAUGAGUUACUAUGUUUGUAUCAUCAUAAUCAUGACUCAGGGUACAAUCAACUUAUUUGUGAAGGUGUGAAAGAUGACAAGGGUCUGGCGCUGAGGGAAAGUUUGUCUCAUUACUUGAAUGGAAGGUUGCAUCCAUAA